UUAAGCGUCGGUGACUCGGUUCGCGACUCGUACGAGUCAACAUUUUAAAGAGAUAGAUUUGUAUUUUCAUAUUUAUAUAUAAAUCAUGGAAACCAAACCCAAUGCCUCAGCCAUUUGAGGACUUUUAGAGAGAGAAGAGAGGGGAGAGAGAGAGAGGAGAGAGAGGGAAAAUGGGGGAUUCAAGUGAUUCGGUGUCGGUGGAUAUGGAGGGGGUUUCUCUUGGCGGAAAGGAGCAUAUUGUGAGAACCGGUCUUGGUUAUGUGUCGGUCGCUGUGUUGGGAGAUCCGGACAAGCCAGCUCUUGUCACGUAUCCUGAUUUAGCCUUAAACCAUAUGUCCUGCUUUCAAGGAUUAUUCUUUUGUCCAGAAGCUUGUUCCUUGCUGCUCCACAACUUUUGCAUAUAUCAUAUCAGUCCUCCUGGCCAUGAGUUGGGAGCUUCUGCAAUUAGCCUUGAUGAUCCGUUGUAUUCUGUUGAUGAUUUAGUAGAUCAGAUUGCCGAGGUUCUCGACUUUUUUGGACUCGGUGCAGUGAUGUGUAUGGGAGUUACAGCUGGAGCUUUCAUUCUCACCCAAUUUGCUAUGAAAUAUAGACCACGUGUCAUGGGUUUGAUACUUGUUUCACCCAUAUGCAAAGCAGCCACUUGGACAGAAUGGUUGUAUAAUAAGGUGAUGUCGAAUUUACUCUACUUUUAUGGCAUGUGCGGGGUGGUUAAGGAGAUAUUGCUUAAGCGGUACUUCAGCAAGGAAGUUCGUGGUGGUGUUCAAGUACCAGAGUCAGAUAUAGUUCAGGCAUGCAGAAGAUCACUUGAUGAAAGGCAUAGUUCGAAUGUUUGGCGAUUUCUUGAGGCAAUGAAUGGGAGACCUGACAUUUCUGAAGGAUUGAGAAAGCUACAAUGCCGUUCGCUAAUAUUUGUUGGUGACAGCUCUCCGUUUCACUCAGAAGCUCUCUACAUGACUUCAAAACUAGAUAGAAGAUAUAGUGCCUUGGUUGAGGUUCAGGCAUGUGGAUCAAUGGUGACAGAAGAGCAGCCGCAUGCGAUGUUGAUACCGCUAGAGUACUUCCUCAUGGGAUAUGGUUUAUACAGGCCUUCUCAGUCCAGUGUCAGCCCAAGAAGCCCCUUGAGUCCGUCCUGCAUUGCACCUGAGCUUCUUUCACCAGAAAGCAUGGGCUUGAAGUUGAAACCGAUAAAAACUCGAAUUCCUCGUUCCUGAAAGGAGUUGAAAAAAGGGUUUGCGAAAAACGCUUCUUUUCUGUGAGUUUUAGAUUUCACUUAGAUUUUGGGGGUUGAAAAAAGGGAAGGGGAUUAGCGGUUCUGUAGAUAUCUAGAGCGAGAGAGAGAGAGAGAGAGAGAGAGAGAUACAGGGGAUAAUAUCCAGAUAUAAUUCUUUCAUUUGUAAUCACAACUGUUAGUUGAGGAAGGGGAAGGUCUAGUUUUCUGUAUAUCGUCGAAAUAAACAUUUAGUUACAAACAAAAACGUAAAUCUCAAUAAUGAUAUAAAAUGGAUGAUGAUCUUGUGUUU